CUUCAGUGUAAACGGAAGUGAACAGUGACCAAGAACAAUUUCCACUUUAGCGUUUUAAUUUAUUAUUUAGACGUUUAUUAACACCAUGGAACUCAACAUAUUACUAAUUUAACUGCACGGCAUCACAUACUUACUUCACGUAGUGUUUAAUUCUCGUUGGAGACAGGGCUUGAUUAAUAGAUGUUAUCAAGGUAACGCUAGCUAACAAUGGCUAACUGUAUGGUUUUUCACACUCAAAUAGCCUCCAUCAUGGAGGUGCUAGCGAAUGCAGCCGUGUCAGAGAUCUGUAAACUCGUAGACGACGACUAUGCAGUGAUUCGUUUGGAAAUGUCUCAAAGCCAGAAAGAAAACAGGGCAUUACGGAGGAAACUACAGCUACUGGAACUGAAGGUGGCACGGGAGCGCGCAGAGCGCGUCCUCGCCAGUCGUCCCAGUGGUGUCAAGAUCCUUGACCGAUACAGAGGAACGGCAAGAGGUGAAGGACAUCUCACUGGAGGCCACAGGGGCUUUGUGAAGCAAGCGGGACACAAUACAUGGGGAGAUGACCAACCAAUCACUGUUGAUGAGGGGAGUGGAACCUCAACCCAGCAUGUUAUUGUGAUAGAGUAUGCAGAUGCAGAGGCUGCAGGUCCUGGGGUUAAGCAGGAGAGGUCUGAAGGAGAGGAGAACCCACGACACAACAGAGACAUCCAGACUGGAGCAGCGGCUGGAGUGGCUACGGAGGACUCUUCCACCACCCCAGCACAGCCCAGGACGCGACGCAGCAUCACGGAGGAGGAGGAGGGUCCAGAGGUGCUGCUGGUAAAGGAGGAGGGUCUGGGGAACCCUGAGGAGACCAUGGUCAUGGAGGACAACCAGACUACACCUCCUCCUGAACCCACAGAGGAACCAGCUGAGCAGCACAGGACCACACACAGUCUCACUGAGUCAGUAGACAUGGAGGAUGGGAAGAUUGAUCUGCUGCUGGUCAAAGAGGAGACAAUAGAAGAUGGACCAGAGAGCAUUGAUCUGCUGAGUGGACUAAAGAUGGGGGAGCAAGGUGGUUGGCUGGAAGCUAACAGAGGAAGCCAUCUUGGAUUCCCAGACUGGUGCAGCCAAGGACCCAGGAGACAACAUCUCUGACCAGGUCAGGACCAGAGGUGACAUAGUGGAGUCUGCAGUCCAUGAGGACCAGCUGAUGUCUGGUGUUGCUGGCGAGAGAGACUGGACCUCUGCAGCGGCUGGUCACAAACCCUGGCCCCAGAUCAGGAGCCGUUGCUCUUCCUUUCCGAGUCGGGAACAGGGAUCAAACCACAAAGAACACAACCAGUGGACAGGUGGACUAAACAACAGUCCUGGUGGUCAUCAGAGAGACAGAGGCUCCAGUCAGGGAUCCAGUCUGCAGCCCAGACCCUUCUCUUCACAGUCUCAGUGCAGGGAUGGAGCAGGUCCUGGGGCUGAUAGAGAUAAACCCUCCUGUUCCUAUGAUACAAACACCACAGUAUCAAUGAACAGAGCAGGGAACAAUGUGACCAAGCACCAGACCGUUCACACCAAGGAGAGGCCCUUCAAGUGCAAAGUACUUUACAAGAGCUUCUCUUUCCUGAGUAACCUUACCAGACAUAGGAGUGACCACAAUGGGGAGAAAGCAGUGUGGUUUGAGUUUUACACAGGGGAUAUCUGGGAACCAUUCUUUAGCUGACAUAUAACUAUCAUGUGUCUUGGGGUAAGAGGGUAAUUAACCACAUACCCCUCAUUACCCUUUGUUAACUUGUCAUUUGAAACAGGCUUGUGUAAAUACUUUUUUAGAGACAGUAAACCUAGGCUAGAACAAGGAGAGUUGAAUAUUUACCAUACUGAGGUAAUGUAGAUGGAAUAGUCAUUCUAGGGACGUUCCAUCUAAUUUUAAUCACUUUUGACCAAACCCUUUUAUACAUAUUUGCCCAUGAUAGAAGUGGUCAGAAAGCGACUUUUUGGACCUGAAUUCCAAAACAUUUAGGAGAUAAAGGUGCUAAAAGUUGACCCAUUUUGCAUACCCCACCAUACUACGAGACAUCUAUGUCUUCAUCACUGGGAAAGAUAAACAGUUGAGUUUGAUUAGAAUUUAAAAGCUUACAAACAGGGUUGUCACACUAUUUUGUAAAUUUUUUUUUUUUUUUUAAUGCAAACUGUUUUUUCACCCAACUUUUAACCUAAAUCCAUUAAAAAAAAAGAUUUUACAUUCAGGUUAAUUCAGGUUAAUUGACAAAUCAACCAAAUGUAAAUCAAAACUAGACGUUGAACUGACGUCUGUGCCCAGGCGGGGGAUGUCUAAUGGUGCAAAAUUGAUCAACUUUAAGCACCUCUAUCUCCUAAAUGUUCAGGCCCAAAAAGUCACUUUCUUGACCACUUCUACAAUGUGCAAAUAUGUAUAGAAAGUUGGCGUCAAAUCAAAAAGUUAUUGAAAUCAAAUGGAACGACCACACCCUUUGAGCUAUGAUGCUUUUGUUACUUCUAGGUUAGACUACUGCAAUGCUCUACUUUCCGGCUACCCGGAUAAAGCACUAAAUAAACUUCAGUUAGUGCUAAAUACGGCUGCUAGAAUCAUGACUAGAACCAAAACAUUUGAUCAUAUUACUCCAGUGCUAGGCUCCCUACACUGGCUUCCUGUUAAGGCAAGGGCUGAUCAAGGUUUUACUGCUAACCUACAAAGCAUUACAUGGGCUUGCUCCUACCUAUCUUUCCGAGUUGGUCCUGCCGUACAUACCUACACGUACGCUACGGUCACAAGACGCAGGCCUCCUAAUUGCCCCUAGAAUUUCUAAGCAAACAGCUAGAGGCAGGGCUUUCUCCUAUAGAGCUCCAUUUUUAUGGAAUGGUCUGCCUACCCAUGUGAGAGACACAGACUCGGUCUCAACCUUUAAGUCUUUACUGAAGACUGAUCUCUUCAGUAGGUCAUAUGAUUGAGUGUAGUCUGGCCCAGGAGUCUGAAGGUGAACGGAAAGGCUCUGAAGCAACGAACCGCCCUUGCUGUCUCUGCCUGGCCGGUUUCCCCCUCUCCACUGGGAUUCUCUGCCUCUAACCCUAUUACAGGGGCUGAGUCACUGGCUUACUGGUGCCCUUCCAUGCUGUCCCUAGGAGGGGUGCGUCACUUGAGUGGGUUGAGUCACUGACGUGAUCUUCCUGUCUGGGUUGGUGCCCCCCUUGGGUUGUGUCGUGGCGGAGAUCUUUGUGGGCUAUACUCGGCCUUGUCUCAGGAUGGUAAGUUGGUGGUUGAAGAUAUCCUUCUAGUGGCGUGGGGCCUGUGCUUUGGCAAAGUGGGUGGGGUUAUAUCCUGUCUGUUUGGCCCUGUCCGGGGGUAUCAUUGGAUGGGGCCACAGUGUCUCCUGACCCCUUCUGUCUCAGCCUCCAGUGUUUAUGCUGCAGUUGUUAAUGUGUCAGGGGGCUAGGGUCAGUCUGUUAUAUCUGGAGUACUUCUCCUGUCUUAUCCGGUGUCCUGUGUGAAUUUAAGUAUACUCUCUCUAAUUCUCUCUCUCGGAGGACCAUGCCUCAGGACUACCUGGCAUGAUGACUCCUUGCUGUCCCCAGUCCACCUGGCCGUGCUGCUGCUCCAGUUUCAACUGUUCUGCCUGCGGCUAUGGAACCCUGACCUGUUCACCGGACGUGCUACCUGUCCCAGACCUGCUGUUUUCAACUCUCUAGAGACAGCAGGAGCGGUAGAGAUACUCUUAAUGAUCGGCUAUGAAAAGCCAACUGACAUUUACUCCUGAGGUGCUGACUUGCUGCACCCUCGACAACUACUGUGAUUAUUAUUAUUUGACCAUGCUGGUCAUUUAUGAACAUUUGAACAUCUUGGCCAUGUUGCCCAAAUUCCAGGGAAUUUUUCCUAGCCACCGUGCUUCUACACCUGCAUUGCUUGCUGUUUGGUGUUUUAGGCUGGGUUUCUGUACAGCACUUUGAGAUAUCAGCUGAUGUAAGAAGGGCUAUAUAAAUAAAUUUGAUUUGAUCCCAACCAAUAAGAUCCUUUCUCUUCAGUGUAAAGGGGCGCACCGUUGGGUGUGAUGCAGACCCGGUGGAGAACGCAAGACUGAAGUGACCCUGCCGGUACUUUUGAGUUUUGAUACAGAGUUAUUACCUGAUAAAGUAAUGUUAGGAUAUGUAAGUUAUCCGGUGAGAGCAUUUGUUCCAAACCCCCUACAGUGGGACAAAAUAGUGUGUAGUUUUGGUGUGAAAAGCUGUGUGUCAAUUGUGGGGGUGUCCAUGUUGCUGGGGAUCAGAAAAGUCCUGUGCGAGUGAGACAGGGUGAGGUUGCCAGGGUGAGAGCAGAGCAGAAAGUGCCAUAUGCUGAGGCAGUGAGGAAAGUAGAAGAUGGAGGGCUAUGGGUGAGGGAGCCUAGAAGGAUCAAUGUGACUCGUAGGCCAGUACAGAGUGACUCGAAUAGUUUGUGUUUAGUAAGGUUGGCUUCUUGGUGUUUAUUGCUAUGGUCAUUAAUUGUACCGCACGGACGGAAUGGAAAUCCCAGAAGAUAGAUUUUGUUAGUAGCAGCAGCAGGGAAGUUUUUGGGUGUCAGAGAUUUUAGUGCAGAAGAACUACAGGGAAUUUUGAGAGAAAGGGUUCCAUCCUCCCAGGCCAAUGCCCUGGGUUAGUAUUUGUUAGGGCCAAAGUAGUGGGAAGGAGUAGUGGGUUUGUUGGGGAUAGUGGUGUAUAUGAAGGGUUAGAUGGAGGUGCAAUUUAUUUUUUCCUAUUCCCCUUUUCUGUGAACAAAAUGUGCGAUUCACACUCCGACCUGUGAAGGGCAGCAAUACGCAACAAAGCAUCUAGUUAGGUGUCCUAUGCUGGGGCAGUGAAGAUGGGUCAAGGAUCCUUAGAGGCUCCUGUUGAGUGGUAUACUUUUGCCAGUACAUAGUGAUAGGCCUACGAACGAAACGUGCUUCAAUAAGGUUGGCUUUUUAGUGUUCAUUGCCAUGGUUAUCAACUGUACCGCAGGAAUGAAAUGUAAAUCACAGAAAAUGUGUUGUGGUGGCAGCUGCAGAGAAGUGCUUGGAAUUAGGAUACAUUACUACGGAAGAGUUACAUGGUGUGUUGAAUGGUAUUGUUCUGUCCUCCCAGGCUGUUGGCAUGGUGUAUGAU